AUGGGCAGUCUAAAGAAUGAUAAUGCCUCUGAGGUGACUGAAUUCAUCCUUGUUGGAUUUUCCCAACAGCCUCAAAUCCAGGCUGCCUUCUUCUUGGGACUACUGUUCUUCUACCUAGUCACAAUGUUUGGAAACAGCCUUAUAAUUGCUGUAGUCAGAUGGGAUUCUCAACUUCAUACUCCCAUGUAUUUUUUUCUCAGUAACUUGUCAUUCCUUGAUAUCUGUUACUCCACCAGCUGGGAGCCGUAUGUCUUGACCCAAUGCUUCAGAGACUUCCCCACCAUCUCCUAUACCAACUGUUAUGCCCAGAUGACCACAUCCCUCUUUCUGGGGAUGACCGAGUGUCUCCUCCUUGCUGUCAUGGCUUAUGACAGGUUUGUUGCAAUCUCCAACCCCCUGCGCUACACCAUCAUUAUGAACAACCAGGUUUGCAUACAGUUGGCCAUGGUAACCUGGGCCAGUGCCUUCCUUUUGACAAUAAUACCAGUCAUUGCAUUUCCCACUCAUUUUUGUGGACAUAGUAUCAACCAUUUUAUCUGUGAGUACCAGGCCCUGUUGAAACUUGUCUGCUCAGACACCCCAGUCAGACUUAUUCUGGGUCUGGCCAUCAGCAUAUUCACACUGCCCGUGCCCUUCACCUUCAUCCUCGUCUCCUACACUCGCAUUGUGGUUGCUGUGCUGAGGAUCCGCUCUGCAGAGGCCAGGCUCAAAGCUUUUUCUACCUGCGGAUCCCAUCUGACUAUAGUCACUGUAUUUUAUGGGACGGCCAUCUACAUGUACUUGAAACCUCAGUCAAAGGAGUUCCAAGAAGAGGACAAAUUCUUCUCAAUAUUUUAUGGAGCAAUUACUCCUAUGUUAAAUCCCCUCAUUUACACCCUGAGAAAUAAGGAUGUAAAAGGUGCACUUAGGAAAUUAGCCAAAGGAAAUGACAGGUCCUAA